CUUUAACGGGCCGAAAGCGCCUGCCCGGUACCCAUCUACACUCUCCCGUGGGCUGUCUUGGUGUGGCGACUGGACUGGACGCGAACCCUCGGUGAGACGGUGACGGACGGCGGCCGGCGGCCACCGAAGACGAGAGAGAGAGAUGGUGGUGAUCGAGCCGGAACCGGAGCCAGAGUGCGAGGAGGCUGCGCGUCCCUCGUCCCCGCAAGCGUCCGUGGGCGGCGGGGAUCCGGCGGGGGCGGAGGAAGACGAGGAGGCCUUCGAGGACGCGCUCACCGACGAGCAGUUGCGGGAGAAAGCUAGAAGCCAAGCAAAUGACGCAAAAGCAGAAGGAAACAGACAUUUUGGUGCUGGAGAAUAUGAGGAUGCAUUAUCACAAUAUGAAAUUGCAUUGCAAAUUUCUGCCGAGUUGGAAUCUGGUGAAGACAUACGCUCUGCAUGCCAUUCAAAUCGUUCCAUAUGUUUCUUGAAAUUGGGGAAAUAUGAUGAAGCAAUUAAGGAGUGCACCAAAGCACUUGAGCUGAAUCCUUCAUAUUUGAAAGCUCUGGUUCGGAGGGGAGAAGCACAUGAAAAGCUCGAACACUAUGAUGAGGCUAUUGCUGACAUGAAAAAAAUUCUUGAGCUAGAUCCUUCAAAUGUACAAGCUAAGAGAUCAUUGUUCCGACUUGAGCCACUGGCAGCAGAGAAAAGGGAAAAGAUGAAGGAAGAAAUGCUUGCAAAGCUGAAAGAUUUGGGCAACUCGGUGUUGGGGCGCUUUGGAAUGAGUGUGGACAACUUCAAAGCUGUUAAAGAUCCAAACACGGGCUCAUACUCCCUUUCUUUCCAGCAAUAACACAGUUUAAUGAAAUAUACAUAUGAACAUGGCUAGAUGCAUCACUGGUCUCCUUGUAAUCUUGGUUGCAAUUGUGCGCGAUAAGUUUGUAGGUUUAUGGUCAGAAUGUUGAGCCUAAGAUGAGACCAAUCCUGGAUUAUGACUCCCUCUCUUUUUGUCUACUCCUUCCAUGCGAGAGAUGAUUUUCCAAGUUUAAGCUUGUAUGAUAUGCAUAUACAUUUGCUGCCUGAGUCCAAAGUUGUUCUUGUUCUUCUGAAAUGGGAAUGCUUACCUGCCAUGGAA